AUGUCUACGAUAGCCUCACCCCGCGCCAGUUCCUCGGUCCGCAGCCCCUCCUUGACCCGCACCUCAAUCGACAGCAGCUCGUCGCAUCGCCCACCCCCAGCCGCACGCCGAAACCGCGCUGCCCUUCGCGAGUUCUAUGGCCUCAAGAACGCGCCCCGCGACGCCACUCCAGAUGCCAGAAUAUCCGAAGAAUCUUCGAGAACACAGUUAGGGCCAGAAGAAGACGAGACCCUCACAGAGCUCGAUGCUGCGGAUUUCAAUGCAGAAGCCUUUGUAGAGGCAUUGCUCGCCAAAGAAGGACUGAAGGGCGUACUGAAGGUUGAGGCAGACUUGGUGUCUCCGGAGAUCUGGAAUGCUGAUAUUGAAACAGAGAUCAGAAAUCUAGAUAGCGACCGCAAGUCACUCGUCUACGACAACUAUUCCAAACUCCUCUCCGCAACAAGCACCAUCCGACGCAUGCGCGGAAACAUGGACCCCCUCGCGCCCACCACUCACACCCUCGGCCCUGCCAUCUCCCAUAUUGCCGAGACAGCCGCGUCCUUGUCAUCCUCGUUACAGGACAGCCACCAGUCCAAAGAACAGGGACUGGGCAUAAGCAUACGGGUCGAGCAGGACGACAAAGACAAAUCAAACACGGACAAGAAGCGGAGACAGCAGGAUACUGUAAGAUGGGUUCUGGACACACCACGGCGGCUGCAGGAUAUGGUAGACCAGGACCAAGAUGAGAAGGCGGAGAAAGAAUGGGAUGAGGUCAGGAGGAUAUUGGAUAAAUGGAAGGGCGUCGCUGGUGUACAGGAGCUAAGAGAGCAGUGCGAAGCUAUCAUGCGCGAGGAAGACUCGGAAGACUCCGAGUGA